CCUUCACUAAUACUGCCAUAAACUUUCAGCACUCCAGAGCACUGCCACAGAUCUAGAAGAAAACCACAGCAGCGCCACCCAACACCAAACACUGUCCAUCUACAACUUCAGCCUCCACGUGGUCCACCGGCAUCCGGAUCACCUCUUCCAUCACCACAACAUCCAGCACUCCUUUCUCCACUGCCAUCUCUCCUUCUUCUCCUCUCUCUCUAUGCACUAAUCCAUUCAUCCCACCCACCCACAAGCCCCACGGCUCGCUAUGGAGAAGGUGCAGCACAUGACACGGGCGGCCAUUCGGCGGGCGUCCACCAUGGAGGUUCCCCAACAGGCCAAGCAGAACAUGCAGGAGCUCUUCGUCAACUUCUGCCUCAUCCUCAUCUGCCUGCUGCUCAUCUACAUCAUUGUGUUGCUAAUCUCUUUCCACGGCAUGUGAGAGGCCGACGGCGUGAUGUAACCAGCUUCUCAUCGAAAGACAAGAAGACCAUCCACCUGAAGCUAAACACACUUGUCCUGCACAUCAUCCUGACCUGAACCUGAUUAAAUCUCCAGCCGUCAGUAUGGAUCUGAUCAAUAACCGAGGACUAAAUCUGCUGCUCAACUUCCUGCUCAUUUUUGUGGCUCUACUGCUCAUGCUUAUUCUGGUCAAGCUCAUGUGACCAAAAAAAAAUGGUUACAAGUAACAAUGUACAAUAUAUCGGUGGCCAUAAUGAUAUCAGCCAAUAAUGCUAUUUUUUUAUCGUUAUCGUUCUGAUAACAUUAUUAGGCUGAUCUUAAGCCGAGAAAUGAUGUAUUAUUUCUGCUGGUUGAACCACUUCACGAGAUUGCUGCUUGACACUUUUUUAUUCAUUUGAUCACAUUUAAAUUGACACUUUUAUAUUUAUUUUUUAUUUUACUUGGUUUUGGUGACCAUAAGGAUAUCGGCCAAUAAUGAUAUUUUUUAUGUUAUCGUUCUGAUAACAUUAUUAGGCUGAUCUUUAAGCCGAUAAAUGAUGUAUUAUUUCUGCUGGUGGAACCACUUCACGUGCUUGCUGCUUGACACUUUAUUUAUUUAAAUUGCAUUUAAAUACACACUUAUAUAUUUCUUUCUUAUUUUACUGGUAUUUUGGUUUUGGUGACCAUCACGAUGUCAGCUGAUAAUGAUAAAUUUGUUUAUUAUUAUCUGUCUGAUAACAAAAUUAGGUCAAUAAUUUUAAGCAUAUAAAUCAUGUAUUAUUUUCGCUGGUUGAACCACUUCACCUGUUUGCUGCUUGACACUUUUUUAUUAUUUUAUUGGUAUUUUGGUUUUGGUUAAUGUCCAAUAAAUUGAUUGUUUUGUUGCAUUAUUUUUGGUCAGGCAGUAGAUUUUAUUUAUAGAAAAGAAAGUUAGCAAUAGAACUGAACAGUUGACAGUUGUUUUUACAGUAUAGAGAUCAGCUCAAACAUUUCUGAAGUUUUUAAAUAAAAUAAAUUACAACGAAUGAUUAAAAAAAAAAAUCAUUCGUUCACUGAAUGUUUCCAAUUAAGGAGAAAAAUUAGGAGGACAAAAGGAUUUUUAUUGGCUAAUAUAUCAGCCUCUAAAUCUAAAAAGUUACUGGUUAUCCAUCUCAGUUAAAAAUAUCGGUUUGCAUUCGUAGCGAGAUCCGAGAUCCGUUUGUUUCAAGAAACUCGCACUUUAUCUACAUCUUAAACCAUUUUAAAAGUUGCAGUAAAUGACUUCAGACUUUUAUUAUUUUUUUCUGACUUCACUUAUAGACCUGACAAACUUCCGCAAACUGAUUAGCAGAAAAAGAAUGAUUCUGAUUGGCUAGUUUUCGAAACCGGGCCCUAAGCAGUCGUAAGCAGUGCUGGUUCUGAAGCCUGGUUUCUCUCAAGUUUUUUUUUUUUCUUCACUUUCAUCAAAAAAAAAAAAAAAAAAUUGUUAAAGUGUUAUCAGUCAAGAACCAAGCAAACCAAUCACAACAUGACAAAGCAUGAUUUAAAGCAAAAUAACUGCAUCAAAAUUAGACAAAAAACAACAACAACAACAAAGCCUAACAACUUUUAACAAGAAAAAAAAAAAAUCCUACGAAGCACUGCGACUAAAAAUUUUAAUUGUGUAGAGCUGCACUGGGAGUGGGUGGAGCUAAACAUCUCUUAUUGCUGGCUUUACUGCGAAUCUCUGAUUGGUGAAUUCCAUGCUAAGCAUCAUGGGAAAUGUAGUUUUUUUCAGUAUGUGUUAGACUUUCAUUUACUUAAUGCAAACAGAUCAAAUUAACAAAAACCGAUAUGUCUAAUUAACAUUAUAGAGACUCACAACAACUUUGUCUUAAAAGGAUUAUGAGUUAUUGAUGAUAAUUUGAAAUUUUAAAAAUAAAGCUCAGCUGUCACUAAGACAUUUUAAGACAAAUUUUACUCAUUUUGGCAGUAGGAAUUUAUGAGACUAACGUAAUGUACAAAUUUAUUAAUUAUUUACUAAAAAUGGAUCCUGCUCUAAAGCCAAAAGUAAGAUGAUAUUAAUGAUAAAAUAAACAAAACAAAUAGAGACGCUUUUUUAAAGUAGCAGAAGUGAACAUCAGUACUUUCAUUGUCAUUUAGUUCCCUCUAGUGGUUGUUGCCUCUUUUUGCCUAAUAAAAUAACAACUAGGAUAAAAAAAAAACUGAUUUAGGUGAACUACAGGUUUGGAAAUAGUUUGAUGAAUUAAAAAAGAAAAUAUAUGCAAGCUCUCAGAUCACAUCACUCUUCUGAUACUAUAUUACUAUUGUGUGUAUUAUUCCUGCUAUUUAAACGGUGUGAUAUGAAAUAUUUUAAAAAAUCAUGAUGAAAAAACACAAUGGUUUGCAAAUACUAUAAUCCAAGUUGUAAUAUUUACAUAUUAUUUAUGCAAUCACAAUCACUGUGUUCUUGUUUUGUAUCUGUGUGAAUGUAUUUAUGACGUAACGAUACGAGAAGGAAUUAUUAAGUGCUUGAUAUACAAGACAACAUUAAAGCAAGCGCUGCAAAUAAAACCCUUCCACUGAUAAUCAAC